GGUCUCCGCAUGAAGUUCAUGCAGGCUGUUGUCAGGUUCACUUUCGGGGUCUUGUCGUCGGAGGAGGCAGCGCGCGGGAUGAGGGAGACCUCCCCGUCCCGCGGCGGCGGCGGCGGCGGCGGCGGCUCUUAACCCCUGGGAUUCCGCGGAGAGCUUUCCCCGCGCUGCGCUCUGAGAGGGAUGGGCUGCAAGGGGAGCAAAAUGGGCUGCUGCGAAUCGGGAAGAAAGAAAAAGAUCAAAAUUCAGCAUGAAAGAGGACAGGCAUCCUGUGAAUUAAAGGCACUGAAGACAGAAAAUGCCUGUUUACACGAGGAAGCAGAGAAAGGGAAGGCAGAGCUGCUGGAGAAGCAGAGAAAUGAGAUCACAAGGCUCCAACAACAACACCAGGAGGAGAAAGUGUGUCUGGAGAAAGCUCACCGCGCUGAGACUGAGAAACUUAGCCAAGACAUUAAAAUCCAGAUAGAAAAGGAGAAGGAUUUACAAUGCAAGCAACAACUCUCUGAGCAGCAUGACUUGCUGAAAAAAGAACAGGAAGAGAGACUCCGAGAACUCCAGAAAGCACAUGACGAAGAGAAAGUGCUCCUGACCGAAUCCUACCAAAAGUCCCAGUCAUCUUUGCAGGAGACUGUAGACAGAUUGAGUUCCCAGAUGAAGUCCUUCCAAGAGAAAAUGAAACGGGUGGAAGAGUCAAUCCUGAGCAGAGAUUAUAAGAAACAUAUCCAGGAUUAUGGGAGUCCCAGCCAGUUCUGGGAACAGGAACUAGAGAGUCUACAUUUUGUCAUUGAGAUGAAGAAUGAACGCAUUCACAACUUGGACAAAAAGCUGCUCAACCUGGAAACGGUGAUGGAGAGAAAUUUGUUGCUCGAGGAGAAAGUUAAAACCCUUCAACAGGAGAAUGAAGAUCUCCAAGUUCGGAUGCAGAACCACAUGGCAGUGACAAGGCAACUGUCCGACGAGCUCCUCACUCUCCGCGAGUCCCUGGAGAAGGAGUCGCAGCUGCGAGCACAAGCUCACCGGGAGAAGGAAGAGCUGCUGUACCGAGUGCUGAAUGGUGACUCUCCCCACCCGUUCCCUAUCUCCACGGAGGCAACACUCAUCGCUACGUAGCAUUCGGAUAGGCCAGAAAGACUGGGGUGGGGCAGGGAGGGGAGAGGUGGCUCCUUCCUUUUGUUCUAGGCCUCUCUAUUGUCAACUAGACCUAGAACUCUCAUGCUGAGUGGCACUCGGGUGCAAGGAAGCUUCCGGAGGUUCUGUGUGCUUUGAUUUUCUCCCAUAGGUGGCCUCGUUGUUUUGUGACACUUGAAGAGGUUGAAUUGGCCUGCCUUAGGAAUGGGGGGGGGGUUACUCCGCAUCCCCUCACACACAAAAAGAGGUCAGCUUUAAUGCUAGCCAAGACAUUUCUGUGUAUGCCACUAAGCACUGACUAAGGGUCUUGCCCCACCCCACCCCCUCAGGGAGGUAGCAAGACUUGCUACCUCAUAUAUAUUGGGCCAAGGUAGAAAUGGCGGAGAUACGGUGGGAAUCCGAGUGACCCAUAAUUUAAGAUUUCAGUAGAAAAAGCUGUAGGUGAGAAGAAGUCAUAGGAGAGUAGAGAGGCAAUGGAAGUUUGAAGGCGCAGGCCCAGAUCCGAACGUCCUUUCAUCUGCCAGGUUUUGGAGGAACCAAAGUUUGCAUGCCCACAACUGUUUUGGUCUGAUUGCAUUUUGAUUCCUAAAUGCAAAACUUUGAGAACUCAGGCAAAAAUAUGGAUACAAACUUCUGUGGUUGAGGUCCAUUCUAGAUGUUCGCCCAGUCACAAAGGAGCUACUUAUCAGCUCCUGUGUUGCUAAGAGAACUUUCUCUCUCUCCAGAAAAUGACUCUGCUGUGUCAUUUUCUCUGCUCGAUGACCAUAAUCCCUCCUUACAUACCCUCCUCCAUGAUGUGUUCAAUCCCUGCCCACAUGGCUGCCAUCAUUUCCGUGUUGAAACUGCUGCAUCAGAUAAGCAGCUGCUGACACGCCUUGGGAGAGAAUUGAACGGACACCUCCUUGGGCUCGGUUCCUUUCAAAAAAAAUAUUUUUUCAAUAGAAGGUAUUUUUGCCUGCUUUUAUGAGUUCUUUGUCAGUUUAGAAAACAACAGAUUGGAAAUGGCCUUAAAAUUGCAAGCCUUUGGAAACCAAGGGAUUUUUUUUUCUUUUUUAAAAAAGCAAUUUAGCUUCUUGAGAAGCUGAAAAGGAAGCUGGUGCCCUCCACUGGUUGUGAUGAAGCAGUGCUAGUAGUUGCAGAGAAACAGAAGUUGCUCCAGGCUGGAGAAACUAGAGGCUAAAUAGAUAGCAGGUGCACGUAAUGGUUAUUUUAUGGGUUUUUGUUUUAAAAAAGAAAAGAUGAUUUGAAUUGAGACAAAGGGCAUGUAAAAUGUCUUGAUUCUAAUCAAGAAGCGUUUUAUACUUCCCUGCGUGGAAACGGUGGUUUGUACUGUGUAUGUGAAUGUAGCAUGUAGUGCAAAAACAGUGGCACAUAGCAGUAGUGACGCUCAGGAAAAACCAGUGAACUGCUGGUUGUUACCUUGAGAGAACGUCACACAGAUCUCUGCAACGUGUGGGCCACCCAGCCGAACGCUGGGUGUGUCUGGUGGUCAGCCAGGUGUUUCCCACAGAGACAUGCACACACCCAUUUUUGAAGUACCUGAUAGAUGACAGAACUAGGAGACUGUUCACAGCCGGUGGGCUGCGUCACAGCCAGUGGGUUGCGAGCUGUGGAGGCCUAGCUCAAAGGCGUGGGUUCUGCUUGUGCAGUAUGGCUUGGCGACAGUGAUGUUUGUUUGCUAACGUGUUCAGUUCCUGAAAUCAUCAUUUGGGCAACCAACAAUUGGAUCCCACCCAACCCUCAGUCUUGGCAAACCUUUAUUUGUCAUUCCUCACAUAUAAUGCAGCUCUGUCUGCAGCGGUGAAAUGGUUUUAUCUUGGAGAAACACAGCUAGCUUGUAUCUAAUUGAGGCUUUCCACAAAAUUUCGGUAUGGUAUCAGUUGGAAAAUCUGUCACUAGUGUAUGACUGAGUGAUGAUAAGUGGGAGUGAGAAACUGCUAACUAGUGAUCACAGUAAAUAUCUCAUAUGUGUGUGUUGGUGAAAACCUCUCACCCGCUUUAUUAUUUUUUUAAAGUGA